UGCCAUACCUUGGUGAUUGGUGUGGCAAGGUGUUUUCACCAUGAGGAAGAGUUCUACUUUUCAAAAGGGUCUUGUGUUGAGCUACAAGGUGCCCUUGUUGCUUCUUCUAUGCUUUUGUUUUGCCAAUUCUGCUGCUGUAACUGCUAAUGAAGACUCUACAGGUUGGUGGUCUCAUCCUUCAUGCACGUGGAAAGUUUUCUUUUUUCGUUAUGCAAAAUAAGUACCCCAGCUAGGUAGUAAUAGCAACAUUACAUGAUUUACAUCAGCCUGAGCCACAACACUACAUUGAGACCCUGCAACUUAAUACAAUUGUUACAUACAUGUAUAAAUUAUAAUCUAUAUUUUUAUUUUGCAGGAAUAGGGAUGAACACUGAAGGCAAUCCAUUGGAUAGAAAGUUAACAAGGGUAGAAGAUCACAGUGGUGAAGCAAAAUUUAAAGCAUUUUUUCCACCAAAAUUUCCAGUUGAUAAGAGUCCUAUACCAAAUUCAUUUCCAAUAGAGAAUAAGCCCUUGCCAGUUCCAGUGCUUAACCCUGUCCCAAAGGUGGUUCCAAUUUUCAAACCAAUACCUAAGCCGUUUCCUGUGCCUUUACCUAUUCCAGUUUUCAAGAAACCUAUUCCAAAUUGGAUUCCAAUUGUUAAGCCUAUACCAAAGCCAAUUCCUAUCCCAGUGUUUAAGAAGCCAGUUCCAAUUGUUAAGCCAAUGCCAAAGCCAGUUCCAAUUGUUAAACCAAUGCCAAAGCCAGCUCCAAUAGUGGAAAAGCCAAAGCCAACUCCAGUUGUUAAGCCGAUUCCAAAGCCAUCUCCAAUAAUGAAAAAGCCAAUACCUGUUCCAGUGUUCAAGACUAUCCCAAAGCCAUCUCCAAUAGUGAAAAAGCCUCUACCUAUUCCAGUAAUUAAGCCUGUACCAAAGCCAGUUCCAAUUAUUAAGCCAAUUCCUAUCCCAGUGUUCAAACCUGUCCCAAAGCUAGUUCCAAUUAUUAAGCCAAUUCCCACCCCAGUCUUCAAACCUUUCCCAAUGCCAUUUCCAAUAGUGAAAAAGCCUCUACCUAUUCCAGUAAUUAACCCUUUACCAAAGCCAGUUCCUAUCCCAGUGUUUAAGCCUAUCCCAGAACCAUUUCCAAUAGUGACAAAGCCUCUACCCAUUCCAGUAAUUAAACCUAUACCUCAGCCUUUUCCAAUUAUUAAGCCAACUCCUAUUCCGGUAUUCAAACCUAUCCCAAAGCAAGUUCCAAUAGUGAAAAAGCCUCUACCUAUUCCAGUAAUUAAACCUGUGCCCAAGCCUGUUCCAACUGUUAAGCCAAUUCCUACUCCAGUGUCCAAGCCUGUUCCAAAACCAUUUCCAAUAGUUAAAAAGCCUUUACCUACUCCAGUAAUUAAACCAAUGCCUAAGCCUGUUCCAAUUGUCAAGCCAGUUCCUAUCCCAGUGUUCAAGCCUAUCCCAAAACCAUUUCCAAUAGUGAAAAAGCCUUCACCUAUACCAAUAAUUAAACCGGUACCUAAACCUGUUCCAAUUGUGAAGCCAAUUCCUAUCCCAGUGUUCAAGCCUGUUCCAGAACCAUUUCCAAUAGUGAAAAAGCCGGUACCUAUUCCUGUAGUUCAACCAGUACCUAAGCCUGUUCCAAUUGUUAAACCAGUUCCUAUCCCUGUAUUCAAGCCUAUUCCAAAGCCAUUCCCCGUGGUGAAAAAUCCUCUACCUAUUCCAGCAACUAAGCCUAUACCACCUUCGCCAAUUCACAAGCCAAUUCCAGCUCCAUGAGAAUUUUCACUCCCUACACUUCCUCAUGCUUUUGAAGUUAUAUAGUCCAAUUUGAAAGCCCUUUACAUGGCAACACUUGUAUCUCAAGAUUAGAGGUAUUCAAGUUUGCAUAUAUUAUUGUA